AUGAAUGUAUUAGCCAAGAAAUUCCUCUCUUUUCAGAACGUCAUUGUACGACAGAGUAGCCAGCUAAACAGCCGAGCCCUCAGCGUGCGCCUCCCGCCGGACAAGGGACCCUACAUCCAACACUACCUCAUUGAGAUCCACAACGAAGGCUCCUCCUACUCACUCCAAGCUUCUGAAAACCGCUUCGACACCCUUCCUUCGCUCAUCACCUAUUAUUCUCAGUGCUGCGAAGAGUUGCUGGCUCAGCUCAAGCUUCCUCGCACCAUCCAGGAGGCCAAGACCCGCCAUGAACUCGGCUCUCUCUCGCUGCUCGGACAAGGUACCAUCACAAUGCCGAAGUGGAAAGGUUUCUACGACAGCCAGAGAAACUACAAGUGUGAGUGGGAAAGAACCUUCUUGUGGGUGAAGGAAGCACCAGAUGGCCGAGGCGAUGCAUAUUGCAAGCUAUUCUUCUGCAAUUUAAAACCAAGACUCUCCAUUAUUCAAAAGCAUGAGCAGACGGAGAAGCACAAAAUGAAACAAUCUGUUAUUAGAACCACAAAGCCUAUUACUGUUUACCCCAGUGGUCCAAGUGAGGAUGUUAAAAAAACUGAAUUGGAGUUGGCAGUUGCAAUAUCUUGUCAUUGCUCUAUUAAAUCAAUUGACCACCUUGGUGAAAUAAUGAAAAAACAUGGAAAAGGAAGUACACUUGGGAAAAUAUCAUUGCACCGGACAAAAUGCAGCAAAUUGGUCACUGAAGUAGUCUCACCUGCCUUUAAACAGGAGUUAAGGAAUGAUAUCAAAGGUGAAAAGUUUGCUGUGCUAGUUGAUGAAUCAACUGACAUUAGUACAGAAAAACAUUUAUGCAUAGUUGUUCGCUACUUCAGCAAAAAGGAAAAAAAAAUUAUGACAGAACUAGUAGGACUUGUACCAGUGACUGAAGGAACAGGUGCAGUUUUGUUUGAUAAGAUUAAGACAUCAGUGCAAGACAUUGGUCAAAGCUUAAGCAACUGUAUAGGAUUUGCAAGUGAUGGUGCAUCCGUCAUGGUAGGACAUAAUAAUUCUGUAUGGACACGAAUACAAGAGGAGUCACCGAACUGUGUGCUAAUGAGGUGCAUUUGUCACUCCCUUGCCCUUAGUAAUACAGCAUUCUUUCAAUAAAUUGCCAUCUAACCUGGGGUUCCUCUUAUCUGAAAUUCCGAAAUGGUUCUCCAAAAGCUCUCUUCGGAGAGAGUCUUACAAGACUCUCUUCAACAUCAUGAACCCAGACGAUGAAAGGAAAGGACUACCAGCUCCAUUUCAGCAACCAUCUGCUACAAGAUGGCUGGUAAGAGGAAAAGUUAUGAGCAAAAUUCUCAGUAACUGGGAUGAGCUGCAUGGCUAUUUCCUUUGUGCUGAGCAGAAUUGUGGCCAAGAGGCUAAAUUCAAGGCCAGAAUGAUAAGAGAGAUGCUAGGGGAUGACAUAAAUAAGCUUUACUUCCUGUGUGCUUCUCCAAUUGUCUUGGAUUUUGAAAGAGUCAAUGCUUUUUUUCAAGGAACUGAUCUUGAUCCUCAAAAUAUGGA